AUGCGAGUAUUCGGCUGUCAGACAUACAUACUGACGCCUAAAGAGAAUCGACUCAAGUGGGAUCCAAAGGCUCGCGCUGGCAUAUUCGUGGGCUACGAAGAAGUGUCCAAGGCAUAUCGUGUAUUUGACAUUGAGGCGGGGCAGGUGGUUAUCAGCCGCGAUGUCAACUUCGACGAGUCCACCUUUGGACUUCAACUGCCGAUCACUGAUGAAGAUGUCGAUGACCUGGACUUCGAAUUGCUGGAUCUUGAUGACGAAGAGCUGCGUCAAAUGGAGUAUCAGCAAACUGGCAAGCGCAAGAACCGACUCAAUGAUGAAGAUACAGCAGCUCCACGACCGCGUGCAGUGCGUCAACGACCAGGACUAGAAGAGUCAAGCGCGCCGGAAAACAACUCGUCACGACAAGAAGAAGACGAAGAAACGAAGGAUUCUGGUGAUUCAACACCGCCUGUGUUUUGCGUGCGAGUGCAAAUGCCGUUGAAGCAGCAGUGGACUUAUCAGAACCCUCAACAUUUGAAGCAGCAGUAA